AGGGGUCAACAGUCGUUAUUUAGAUCCAGAACUAUAUAUUGACUGCGCUGUUAAGAUUUUUAAGGUUAAUUCAUUUAAAAUGGAUUUAGGUGACAGUAAUUCAAACCAAGGACUGAUGUCAAAUACCGGUCCAUCUAUGUUUAAUUAUGAAAGCUUUGAUGAUGAUGUGUCUAAAGAAAGCAACGAUUUGACAGUGGAUGCAAGUUUUACCGGUGGAGAUGGUCCAAAUUUCACCAGUACUACUAGCCAGUCUCUAAACAAUGAACUCAUAACAGAUAUAUCUCAAGUUGAACUCUUACAACAGGAUACUUCAUCACAGGAUGUUCAAGAGACUCAGAAAGAAGAGAGAACAAAGGGUAAAGGUGGUUGGCCAAAAGGUAAGAAAAGAAGAAAAACUCUAAAGGAUGUCAAUGCACCUAGAGCACCCCUGACUGGCUAUAUUAGAUUUUUAAAUGAUAGAAGAGAGAAAGUGAGGAGUGAUAAUCCAUCGUUGACAUUUCCUGAUGUCACCAAGAUGUUGGGAAAUGAAUGGAGUAAAUUAUCACAAGCAGAGAAACAGAGGUAUUUAGAUGAAGCUGAGAAAGACAAGGAGAGAUACAUGAAAGAAUUAGAGCAGUAUCAACAAACAGACUCGUACAGAUUAUUCACUAAAAAACUACAAGAGAAGAAAAGAAAAACUGAAUUAUUAGAAGAUGCUGAGAAUAGAGGUGUUAAUGGUGCCACGGCUGAGUUUGAUGAUGGUGAAGAGGACCUCCCAGGAUAUGAUAUUCCUAUUUUUACAGAAGAAUUUCUUGACCACAAUAAAGCGAGAGAACAAGAGUUGCGUCAGUUAAGGAAGGCCAACACAGAGUACGAAGAACAAAAUGCUAUCCUUAGUAAACAUAUAGAAAACAUGAAAUCAGCCGUAGAGAAGUUAGAAGUGGAGGCUGUACAGCAGAGAAACCAUAAUGUGGCAUUGCAACAACAUUUAGAUGCUUUAAGAACAGCAUUAACAUCUAAUUUUGCACAUGUACCAUUACCUGGUAAGGACUACACAUGCACCAAUGAAGUACCUACUUUAAAUACAAUUGAUACAUACAUGACCAAGCUUCACCAAAUUAUUUUAGACUCUCCCCAAGAAAAUGAAUCUCUUAUAUCAACAGUUCGAGAAAUUAUUGGUCGACUUGAUUAUCAAAGAUAUGAAAGUGAUCCCAAGCUAUGAUAGCGCACAUGUUAGUAUUGCUGAAGAAGUCUACCUAUGCAAGUCCAACUGCCAAUGGAAAGUAAAUAUACUUGAUCAAGCGAUACAUUUUAUUUACUAUAUACAUUCAAGAAAGAUAGCAGUUUGGUAUUUGGUUUCAAUAACUCUGCCAUGUGGAGGACUUUUUUUUAAGAGAUGGAGUCAACAAAACCUGCUGGCACAUGAUGCUAUCAAACAUUUUUUACUCUCCAACUGAUUGUAAUUUUGCAAUAUAUGUUUCCAUUUCUCAUUUUUAAAUCCGAACAAAAUCAUUGUUUAUAUUUGAAAUCUGUUGAUAUUACAAUCAUUUUUGUGUCCUGGACUGCACCUUGCCACAGUUUUAUUGGCACCCCCCCCCUCGUGUACAGUAAAUAGUUAGCAGCUUAUUGCAUAUGAAUAAUACUGGUACAAAGUGAGUACAAUAACAAUCCCUAUCAUGUGUUGAUAUUGCAAUAGUUUAUAUGCAGAUAUACCAUAUUUCAAGACCAUGUGGUUAUCAGCACUAACCUCAACUGCAUAGAGACUUGAUAAACAGAUUGUCCAACUGUAGUAAUUAAAUGUGAACCACUGCCAAAUAUACAUACAUGGAUGUUUUACAAAUCCAAUUUGACCAAUCAUUAAACCAGUCAAAAAAAAACAGUUUGAAGAGUAUGUAUUUUUUUUUUUAUUGUGUGGCAUUGUGAUAGCCAUAAACAUUUAAUUUGAAUAAUACUAUGCCAACUACAGGUAUGAGAAAAAAUGCUUGGAAAUUUGCACUCAUGUAUAAUUUGUUGCCACUACAGUGUUUCACAUGAAUCAAGGCCAUCCAUCCAUCCAUCAAGGUUUUAUAUUCUAGUUAUAAAUAAGUCAGAUUCUACAAUGUAACUCUGAACUUAACAUUAAAAGUGAGAAAAGUGUUUAUUUCACAUUUAUCUGAUGUAUUGAGAAACAAGUUUUUGCAAAAAGGCAAGACCCUGCCACAUUAGUGGGGCAUUCCCUGUAUGACAUCUCAUCAUAAGAGUAUUUAUUAAACUGUGGGUUGUUUGUACAUGGCAGGCCAGCCACCUGUCUACCUGACAUUCUAGACAUGUGCAUGUUUUUAUUUGACUGUCCACUUUUGAUCUAAAAUUAGAAAAUAAUCAUAAAUUUUCAACAAAAACUGGGAACAUUUCUGUGGUUACAGACUGGUGCCUACUAUCUAUCAGUUUUUUGACCAGCAAUUUUCAUAUUCUGGUUAUAACCCUGUUACGUGUCCUGUUUUUAUGAAAAC